AUGAAGUGGGGUGGGGGCGAGGCUCCCCCAAAUCCAAGGAGAACGGUUGCUCAGGGACCUGACGGCCCGGCCUUUCCUCUCUUGCCCGUGGGGCUUUCUACUCCGGGGGCCCCGCGCUGCGGCUGCAGCCCCAGGCUCGGCUCCACGCCACUCCCCACGCCGCCGCCGUCGCCGCCGCUCGCUCCCGGCCCCGCCGCCGCCGCUGCCCUGCCAGCCCCGGAGGCAGCCCAGUGCGCGCAGCCGCACUGCGGCCCGGCGCAGACGGCAAAACACCUACCGCUCGGCCGCGGGGGGGGCGUGGACCAGUGUGUGCGGGCACGGGCGCGGGCAGGCUGGGGGCUGGUGGGUGGCGGGGGGCGCCCGGGCGCGGAGGGCGGGCGCGGGCCAGCGGGGCCCGGAACGCGCGCCUCCGGGGCCGAGGAGGCAACUGGCCGAGCUGGUGAAGAGCAGGAAAAACGUGGGGGAGGAACGCCCUCCUUCCUCCUCUAUACCGCUCUCCAGCCAACCCAGUCUCCAAGGCGCAGCUCAAGUCGUGGCUUGUCAGGGUCCCUGGCAGCCAAGGCCCCUGCCCGCCUCGGAAAGAAACGCGUGUAG